GCGUGGUGUCUCUGUCUAAUUAACCCAGGUAUCCCCAUGGCCUGACUGUGGCCUCAUCUCUUAUAUCCCAGACCCGACAGACUGGUUUCUUUGACUUCGUUUUCGAAACUCUUUCUGCUAGUUAUACCUGUGUGUUAUGUAAUCGAUCUUUCCUCGACACAGCAUCACCAUGCAGUUGCUCACGCAAGCCGUCCUGGCUCUGGCCCUGAUCGGCUUCACCGCCUUCAAGGCCUAUCAGUCUUAUAAGGAGAAAAAUGACGCGAAAUACCCCAUAGGGCCUAAGCAAGUACCAUUCAUCGGACGUAUCCACGACCUACCCAUCGAGUUCAUGUGGUUGAAGUUCAAGGAAUGGGCGGACAAAUAUUCUGGCGACAGAGGUUUCUAUAUGACAGAUAUGCUGGGAGCGAAAUUCCUGGUUGUUUCAGAGGAGAAAGUCAUCGAGGAUCUUUUGGUCAAGAAGGCCAAGCAUAACUCAGAUCGCCCAGUCAUCAGGUCGUUGUUCGACUCGAAGAGUACACAUGGCUCUAUGGAAUACCUUCCACUCAUGGGUAGGAACCAAUACUGGGCUCGUCAGCGUAAGCUACAACACUCAUACCUCACCGAAGCAAGCAAUGCGCACUAUUACGGCGUCAUGAACCACGAAGCAAAGCGCUGGAUCGCACGGUUGAUCGAAAAUCCGGACGCUUUUCAGUUUUCUCUCGAAGAUAUGGCCUCCAAGGUCAUGUGUACACUAACUUGGGACGAUCCCAGCCUCAGCGAGUACUGCACCAAGAGCGCCUGGGGUCUACUCACUCAGAUGUCUCCUGCAGGUCCUAUCACAAAUGUCCUGACUCCACUUUGGCAUCUCCCCUGGCACCUAAACCCCUGGCUUCGUGCCGAGAGGAAGCGCCACGACGACCAACAAGCCUGGUGGAUGGAGAGACUGCUCGCAACCCGCGCUAAAAUCGAAUCAAACCAACAGAGGGCUUGCUGGACGAAGCAAUACCUUGAUAAGAUGGAAAAGAAAAACGUGCUAUCUGGCGACUACGAGAGCUCAUCAUCUCUGGGUAUGUUGGCGCUUGUCGGUAUCUUCACUGUCGCCGGGCCGCUGUCGUAUUUCUUGGUCUCUAUGGUUCAUCACCCCGAAUGGCAAGCCCGUGUACAGAAGGAGAUUGAUGAGAAGUGCGAGGGGAAACUGCCAACGGUUGCGGAUUACGCCAAGUUGCCAAUCCUAAGAGCUUGUAUAAAGGAGACCAUGCGAUGGAAGCCAAACGUGCCCACUGGUGUUGCCCAUGAAAUGGAGCAGGACGAUGUGUAUCAAGGAUACUACCUGCCCAAGGGCACGCGUAUCCUCCCGCUGGAUUGGGCUUUCCUACGCAACCCGAACAAGUAUCCUGACCCAGAUAAUUUCCGUCCCGAGCGUUGGCUUGAGCCUGGCUGGCCUACCUACCAGGAACCUCUUACUCAGUUCCCUACCAUUAAGGGCAUGUCAUCUUUUGGCUGGGGCCAGCGUCAAUGCCUCGGAAUGACACUUACACAGGAUGAGCUUAUUGUUGCUUGCGGUGCCCUUGCGUGGUGUUUUAACAUGAAGCAAAAAGUCGACCCCAGCACAGGUCGAAACAUAGAUGUGCCGCUCCAUAAGUCCAACUCAUUGCUCAUCAUCAAGCCGGACCCAUUCCAGAUGGCCUUUGAGCCAAGGAGCGAGGAAAAGAAGAAGGAGGCACUUAGACUUUGGGCUGAAUCAGAAGCUUAUGACCUGAAAGAGCGGGCAGACUUCUUGGCCCAGGCUGCGAGCUCCGAGAAGACUGAAAUCGGCGUUGCCACCACAGUAGAGCUGAUGGAUGAGAAGGCGAUGCGGAAGCCUCAGAUCGUCCUUUCUGAGAAAUCGGAGAGGGUGUCUCAUUUCAUCAAAACGGUGGAAACGGGUCACGCUUCACUGAUGGAUUGAGAGUGGGAUUUUUAAUUCGAAUUUGAGAUUUGGGUAUUGCAUACCGAGCUUCAAUAGGGCCAAUUACUAGGCCGGUGCCGUUCAAAGGAGUCAUUAG